AUGGCUACUCAAGGACAAGUAAUCACUUGCAAAGCUGCCGUGGCAUGGGAACCCAACAAGCCUUUGACCAUCGAGGACGUUCAGGUGGCUCCGCCGCAAGCCGGCGAGGUUCGUGUCAAAAUCCUCUACACUGCUCUCUGUCACACCGACGCUUACACCUGGAGCGGCAAGGAUCCAGAAGGUCUUUUCCCUUGCAUACUUGGUCAUGAGGCUGCAGGGAUUGUGGAGAGUGUUGGAGAAGGUGUUACUGAAGUUCAGGCUGGGGAUCAUGUCAUUCCUUGUUAUCAGGCUGAAUGUGGAGAGUGCAAGUUUUGCAAAUCAGGCAAAACCAAUCUUUGUGGCAAAAUUCGUGCUGCCACUGGGGUUGGAAUCAUGUUGAGUGAUAGCAGGAGUCGUUUCUCUAUUGAUGGAAAACCCAUAUAUCAUUUCAUGGGAACCUCAACAUUUAGUCAAUACACUGUUGUUCAUGAUGUCAGUGUAGCUAAGGUUGAUCCCAAAGCUCCUUUGGAGAAAAUUUGUCUUCUUGGAUGCGGGGUUCCAACUGGCCUUGGAGCUGUCUGGAACACUGCAAAGGUGCAAGCAGGGUCAAUUAUUGCUGUUUUUGGCCUUGGAACUGUGGGGCUUGCUGUUGCAGAGGGUGCAAAAGCUGCUGGUGCCUCACGGAUUAUUGGCAUAGAUAUUGAUAGCAAUAAGUUUGAAAGAGCAAAAAACUUCGGAGUGACUGAGUUUAUCAACCCAAAAGAACAUGACAAACCAAUUCAGCAGGUCAUAGUUGAUCUCACAGAUGGUGGAGUUGAUUAUAGUUUUGAGUGCAUUGGAAAUAUCUCAGUGAUGAGGGCUGCUCUAGAAUGCUGCCAUAAGGGCUGGGGGACAUCAGUGAUUGUCGGUGUUGCGGCAUCAGGGCAGGAGAUAUCAACUCGACCGUUUCAAUUGGUGACAGGGCGUGUCUGGAAAGGAACAGCUUUUGGUGGCUUCAAGAGCAGGUCACAAGUGCCUUGGCUUGUAGACCAGUACAUGAAGAAGGAAAUCAAGGUUGAUGAGUACAUUACCCACAAUUUGACUCUUGCGGAGAUCAAUAAGGCAUUUGACCUCAUGCAUGAAGGAGAAUGUCUCCGUUGUGUUCUUGCAAUGCAUGCGUGA